AUGCUUCUUCCAUCUGCCCUGUCGUGCGAGUCACGGCAGCAACAAUAUUCCUCUCGACCUCGCUUCGCAACCUCCCAUCUCUUUCCAUCCACUCCGCCGCCUUCCGACGACGGCAUUAGAUCUGGCAAUGGUCUAUUGGGAACAUGCCGAGCGCUUCAGUCGCUGCUGAACGCAUCCCCCGCCGCAUCACCCAGUCGGGUGCGCACUCGAGCACCCAAGCCAGAACGCCUCCAGAGUCCUCUACAAGUGAAACCCACGCCAUAUAUUCAGAACCGAACCGCCUCUGAUUCAUCUACUUCAUCUUUUACGGGGUCUUUAUCGUCUAUGCGCACUGUUAAGAGAGUUGUCAAGCCUGCUGCAAAGUAUCCUCGUGGUGCCAACAAGAGAAGGAGAGACGCCUACGAGGACCCAAUCGACUUCCAGCACGGCAGCAAGAACAGGGAGCAUGAAGACAAGUUCUCCACACCGAAAAGGCAGAGACGUGCACCUCCAGAGCUUCCGCUUGGUCUCGAAACCGGAGAUUUCCGAUCACUGGACACUCCAUCCAGGUCGCAACGGUCACCCACCCAGUCCCCAUGCACCCGGCGACAAUGGAACCGACAAGGCGAUGAUAUGAAUGAAAUACCCGCCAGUAGUAUUACACCUCCAGAUUCCACCCCUUCCUUUCCAUCUUUUGCUGUUACUACGGCCACGCACAACUCCUUGAACAACGCCAUAGACUCUUCGAUAUUCUCCUCACCUCCCCACCCGAGCACAGAAUGGACAAGCGAAGACGAUGGAAGACUAGUUGAGCUCGUACUGGAGAAGCUGAAACUGUCCAAACGUGACUGGAACGAUUGUGCCAGGCGGAUGGGCAAGAACAACGAUUCCGUCGGCAAGCGAUGGAAAGCCCUUGUCGGGGAAGGCAACGUUGGCCUCAGACGGGGACGGCGGAUGGUUAGAGGGCGGAUAGAUGAGAGCUGGCGGCCAUGA